UUUCAAUUUUUAAGCAGUACUUUGUUUUCUAGAGAUCCACAUUGAUGUGUUUCACAAAUUUAAUUUUUUUCAGCGUGCGAUUUACCAGAAAUUUUAGCGUACAAGACAGACGAAAGUUUAUGAGAAUAUUCUACACCCCGAUCAAUAAUUAAAGAUGACGCUGUUUUAAGUUAUGUCAUUUGUCAUGUGUGAAGAUGUCUUUGAAAGUGCCAUUUUGUCAUUCCUUGUUGUUUGACCAUUAACAGCAUAACUAUGCAGUUUAUAACAACUAAGUUAACAUUCGAUGAGAAUCCAGAUAAUCUUGCGCCAAGAAUACCCUGGCCUAGAGAGCGUAACUUCUACACAUCACAGAUCAGGAAGCCAACAUACACCUCUAGAGAACCGUUACCAGUCCAGCUUACUUUGAGUAAGGAACAACCAGACGAUAGAACGACGCCACCAAGCUCCCACAAAUUUGGAAUUGGCUUCAAAGGCCAAAGCGCCCAACGCGCUGAUGCUGAGGAGCUCUCGAGACAAAAGCGAGAUUCUCUUGGUAGCUCCUUCAAUAUGUCUGCUAAAGUAUGGUUUUUGAAUGUGAGCAAUCGAAGAUCGAUCGGAAGUGAACAACUCUGACGUCAUACAGGAUCAGCUUAUGCUUGUAUUAGAUCCCUUAAACAGGCCGAAGGAAACAAAAGGCAAGCAGCAGAGGCGUCGCUCGUCUAUCCUCAGGGCACUCGGUAGGGGUGGUAUACCCGCCGAUGCAGGAGUGGAACAGCGUCGAAAAGCCUCACUUGUACCUCUCCUCGACGAACCCGGCCAGAUGGAUGCACAAGGCGUACGUAGGAAGAGCAGUAUUGUAGAGGCAAUCAAGAGGCGCCCAUCCGUUGAGGAUGGUGAAGUGAACGAUGAAGGACGUCCACAAUUUAAUCUCGAUUGGCAGAACGAAAAUGGAGGAUUGUCGAGAUCUCCCCAACCACGCAGGUGGUCAACCAGUGACAGUGACGUUUCGGAGUAUAGACCUUUCCCUCUCUACAUCCACGACAAGGUACUCACAAGUGUUGCGAUUCCCUUCAGUCAGAUUGUGUCGAUCCACACGACACAGCUGCAAAGGGGCGUACCUAACGUGACUCCACCUGGUUCUCCGAAAUCGCGCAAGGCAAGUCUAGCAUUUGAAACACCAGAGGGAGGAAAAUCGAUGGAGGGUCCACGGAAGAUUGCUGAGAAACCUGCUACGAUUGAGAUACAAGUUAAGAAAGGCCCAAACGCCCCAAACCUAUCUAACACUGCUGAUGGUACCAUAAGUAUCGAAUUUUGGGACAGCCUAAGCGGACAGAUUGAAGCAGACGUUAUCUUGAAGUACAUCCAAAUGGUCAGAAUGAACAGCAAUAACGCCCCAGACGACGUUAGACACGCUGCACAGGAUCUUGUUCAUAGAGAGUCUCAAGGUGGACAAGCACAAACUGCUUGAUGUUUUGCUUUUUUUUUUCUUUUACGAAAUUAUAACGAUAUGAUGUACAUGUAUGAUAGUAACGAAAAUGUAAGGUAUUUAUUAAUAUGAUUUAAAUUCAAUAGUCAUCUUUUUCGCUCUCACUCCAUUCUGAGAGAUUGUCACUUUGUGCAUAGUCAUCCUCAACCCAGUGGUCGCCAUGGAGAGGCUCAUCCGCAAGGAUUGUAUACCAUGACAUCUCAGAUGGUUU